CUCAGUGAGCAGAAAGGGGAAAAAGGCUUUUAAAGAAAAAGUUGUUUAAGAAUUUAAUAGUAAAUGUUUCUUCUCAGAAUUCAUCUUCCUCACUCCCAUGUCCAUCACAACCAAACCAGGGGCCUAUCUCCACAUAAGACCCAUAUGUUUUCAUUUCCCCUCAUGAUAUCUGAGAUUCAUAUUCCUUUUCCCUUAUUUUCUUCCUUUUUGCAAUUCCACUCUCCAGUCACAGAGGAGACGCCAUUUGCCCCCAUUUUCUCCACCGAGCAGCGUCGUUGUGAGGUAAAAUUUCUGGAAUAUCUAUCAGUUUGAGCUUUUUCUCCAUUUGGGGACUGGUUUUUAGAUAUUUCUUUUUCUUCGGCAAGCCCAAGGGGGGGCCUUUCUCCUACUCCCAAACCCAUCAUCCAUGUCCUCCCUUCCCCUCAGAUGAUCUUUCUCUUUCCCGCCCUUUCGGGGAAUCCUGGCACUUUGCGCCGAGCCCACAAAGGGGCGCUCUUAGCCUCAGGAGGGAACUGAGCAUGCGUAAAACUCUGGCACAAGGAAAGUUCCUAGCAAGAGGUUUCUCUUUCGGUUCUUCCCCCUCCCUCCCCUGAGAGGCGGGGCGUGACCUUUGCCGGAAGCCUAGAGGUUGCCGGGAAGCUUUGCUGGAACGCGUAUCUCGACGAGACUCCAGAGUUCCAAAUACAACCUGCAAGCCAUUUGUAUAUCUUCAAAAUUGUCUUUUGGCUAAAGGGGGCUGAAUGACGUACUGUGGUCAGUCCUGAGGCUAGAGGAAGAAUCCUAUGAAUAAAAAGCAUUUGGAGAUCCACAAGAUUCCUUGAACCCAUUUGGAGUUUCAUUACAGAACAGAAAAGGAAUGGAGAUACAACUUUUAGCAAGUGAGGGAAUUGGAAAAGGCCCUUCUGCCAUUCAGCUUGGAAGUUGUGGGGAAGGCUGUUCAAGAACUGGGCAGAAGAUCGUACAGAAGGAAACCAUCCAUUCAGAAGUUCAGUUCUGGAACUUCAGGAGCGUCCAAUACCAGACUCAGGGUCCCCGAGGACUUUGCAACCAAAUCCACAACUUCUGUAGGCGAUGGCUGAGACCAGAAAAGCACACCAAAGCCCAGAUGCUGGACCUGGUUGUUCUGGAGCAGCUCCUGGCUAUCCUGCCCCCAGAGAUGGAGAGCUGGGUGCGGGAGUGCGGAGCAGAGACUAGCUCCCAGGCAGUAGCCCUGGCUGAAGGUCUCCUCUUGAGCCAGGCGGAGGAGAAAAAAGAGCAGGUUGAGUUGCAGAUCAGAGAUCCUGAGGGAAACAGGAAUCCAUCAGAUCCCCCUCAGGAGCUGUUUCUCAGGAGGAUCUCUCAGGAAAAGGACACCUCAGAGAAACAAAGGAUGGGGUUUUCUGGUGUUUAUGAUGGAGCUGAAACAGUGGUUGAGCCUCCAAAUCAAGGUGACCGUGUGUCUUUUGAAGAGGUGGCUGUGUAUUUCUCCAAGGAAGAGUGGUCUCAGCUGGAUCCUGACCAAAAAGUACUACAUAAUGAAGUCAUGCUGGAAAAUCAUACAAAUGUGGCCUCUCUGGGUAAUAAUGGGCAGGAGAAUAAAAAUUCUGAGGAGCCAUUCCAAGUGAUCCACCAUGAAGAAAGAAUAAAGAAGCGUAUAGCACAAAUGGAAGAAGAACAUUAUGAGAGAAACCAGUUGAAUAAUAGGAAUCAGGAGAAUUCAUCAACCAUUCAUACUUCAAUGCAAGAUCUUCUUCUCCAUCAAGGGACAAUAAAGAAGAAAUGCAUUGGGAAAAGUGUAAAGUUAAUCAAAGCUCAAUUGCAUGUAAAUGAACACUGUCCAGUCCAAAACAAAGGUGAAGAUGCCUUAAGUAGACACAAUGGGACUUUCCCUCUUUCUCUUGGAAAUAAGUCCCUUACAUCUCAAAAAGGGAUUGACAGAGAAGAGAAGCCAUAUAAAUGCUUAGAAUGGGGAAAGAAUUAUAGAAAAAACAGGCAACUUACUGUCCAUAAAAGGAUUCACACAGGGGAGAGGCCAUACAAAUGUGUUGACUGUGGAAAACUCUUCUGUCGAAAGUCUUCCCUUACUUAUCAUCAAAUGAUCCACAUAGGGGAGAAGCCAUUUAAAUGCAUGGAGUGUGGAAAGAUAUUUAGUCGGAUUGAUUAUCUUACUGCCCAUCAAAGAAUUCACACAGGAGACAAACCAUUUAAAUGCAUGGAUUGUGGAAAGACCUUUAUUCGAAAAAGUAAUCUUAAUGCCCAUCAAAGAAUCCACACAGGGGAGAAGCCAUUUAAAUGCAUAGAGUGUGGAAAGACCUUUGCUAAUUGCAGUCAACUUACUGUGCACAAAAGGAUCCACAUAGGGGAGAAGCCAUUUAAAUGCAUGUCCUGUGGAAAGACCUUUGCACAAAGCGCUCAUCUUUCCUCCCAUAAUAAGAUCCACACAGGGGAGAAGCCAUUCAAAUGUAUGGAGUGUGGAAAGACCUUUAUUUUGAACAGUCGUCUCACUGCGCAUCAAAGGAUCCACACAGGGGUGAAGCCAUUUAAAUGCAUGGAGUGUGGAAAGACCUUUUUUUGGAACAGUCAUCUUAUUGUCCAUAAAAGGAUCCACACAGGGGAGAAGCCAUACAAAUGUAUGGAGUGUGGAAGGACCUUUGGUCAGAGCAGCCAUCUUACCUCUCAUAAAAGGAUCCACACAGGGGAGAAGCCAUUUAAAUGCAUUGAGUGUGGAAAGACAUUUAGUCGGAAUGAUCUUUUUACUAUCCAUCAAAGGAUUCACACAGGAGAGAAACCAUAUAAAUGCAUGGAGUGUGGAAAUAUCUUUAUUUCGAAGCGUCAUCUUACUGUCCAUCAAAGAAUCCAUAUGGGAGAAAAAUCAUAUAGGUGCAUGGAGUGUGGGAAGACCUUUGCACAAAGCGCUCAUCUUUAUUCACAUAAUGAGAUCCACACAGGGGAGAAGCCAUUUAAAUGCAUGGAGUGUGGAAAGACCUUUGCUUGCAGCACUCAUCUUUCUUCCCAUAAAAGGAUCCAUACAAGGGAGAAGCCGUUUAAAUGCAUGGAGUGUGGAAAGACCUUUAUUUGGAACAGUCAUCUUACUGCCCAUAAAAGGAUCCACACAGGGGAGAAGCCAUUUAAAUGCAUCGAGUGUGGAAAGACCUUUGCUCGGAGCACUCAGCUUUCUUCCCAUAACAAGAUCCACACAGGGGAGAAGCCAUUUAAAUGCAUCGAGUGUGGAAAGACCUUUGCUCGGAGCACUCAGCUUUCUUCCCAUAAAAGGAUCCAUACAAGGGAGAAGCCGUUUAAAUGCAUGGAGUGUGGAAAGACCUUUAUUUGGAACAGUCAUCUUACUGCCCAUAAAAGGAUCCACACAGGGGAGAAGCCAUUUAAAUGCAUCGAGUGUGGAAAGACCUUUGCUCGGAGCACUCAGCUUUCUUCCCAUAACAAGAUCCACACAGGGGAGAAGCCAUACAAAUGUAUGGAGUGUGGAAGGACCUUUGGUCAGAGCAGCCAUCUUACCUCUCAUAAAAGGAUCCACACAGGGGAGAAGCCAUUUAAAUGCAUCGAGUGUGGAAAGACCUUUGCUCGGAGCACUCAGCUUUCUUCCCAUAACAGGAUCCACACAGGGGAGAAGCCAUUUAAAUGCAUCGAGUGUGGAAAGACCUUUUCUCGGAGAACUCAGCUUUCUUCCCAUAACAAGAUCCACACAGGGGAGCAACCAUACAAAUGUAUGGAGUGUGGAAGGACCUUUGGUCAGAGAAGCCAUCUUACCUCUCAUAAAAGGAUCCAUACAGGGGAAAAGCCAUUUAAAUGCAUCGAGUGUGGGAAAACAUUUAGUCGGAAUGAUGUUCUUACUAUCCAUCAAAGGAUUCAUACAGGAGAGAAACCAUAUAAAUGCAUGGAGUGUGGAAAGAUCUUUAUUUCGAAGCGUCAUCUUACUGUCCAUCAAAGAAUCCACACAGGAGAGAAGCCAUUUAAAUGCAUGGUGUGUGGAAAGACCUUUGCACAAAGCGCUCAUCUUUAUUCCCAUAAUAAGAUCCACACAGGAGAGAAGCCAUUUAAAUGUAUGGAGUGUGGAAAGACCUUCGUUCAGAGCACUCAUCUUUCCUCCCAUAGCAAGAUUCACACCGGGAGAAGUCAUAUAAAUGCAUAGAGCGUGGAAGGGCCUUUGGUCAGAGCAGCCAUCUUACCUCCCACAAAAGGAUGCAAACGGGAGAAGCCAUUUAAAUGGAUGGAGAAUAGAAAGACCUUUGCUCAGGCAAGUGGACUUGCUUCCCAUAAAAAGAUCCACAUCGGAGAAGCCAUUUAAAUACAUGGAAUUUGGAAAGACUUUUGCUGAGGCCGGUGGUCUUACUUCCCAUAAAAAGAUCCACAUAAGGGCGAAGCAAUUUAAGUGAAUGGAGUGUUGAAAGAGCUUUGCUCAAAGCAACAGUCUUACUUUCCAUAAAAGGAUACACACAGGAGAAGUAAUUUAAAUUAAUGAAGAGUGGAAAGAGUUCUAGUCGAAGUGGUCACUUUAGUUCCCAUAGUGAAAUCCUCAUGGGGUAGUGACAUAAAUGCACGUAGUGUAGAACGAUCUUUUACCUAAGAGGUCAACUUACUUCCCAUUAGAUGGUCCACAUGAAAUAAAACACAAAUGCAUGGAACGUGGAAAAUAUUUUGAUGAUGAUGAUUCCCUUAGUUCUCAUAAGUUUCCACCCUUGGGACAAACUUUACAACUUCAUGGAAUGGGGAAAGAGCUUCAGUUAUAGUGUUUCUUCUGCUUACCAUAACAAGAUGGAAAAAAUGAUGUGAAUGCAUGGAAUCCAUCAGUGGAACCACACAAGAAUAGCCUUAUCAAUUCAGAGUCUCAAUGGGAAUAGUAAUCUAAAAUCUAAUACAAAGGUCUACCUGGAUAAUAAUUAAAUAUUAUUAAAUGUUAAAUAAUUAAAUAUCAUUUGAUAUGAUCCAAA